AUGGAUGCUUCCUUAGCUGUUAAGUGCUCUCAUUCUGGACAACGUUUCAUGUUUUGUAUUAAUCAAUAUAUGAGCUAUGCUCAUUUGUUUGAAUACAUUUGUGAACGGUUCAAGUUUUCUGCAACUGAUGAUAUUGAGCUUCAUUAUUCACUUCCUGGAUGCACUAUUUUUUUUCUUCGCAAUGAUGAUGAUUUCAAGAUGCUGUUUAGCGGUGCCAAGAUUUACAAGUUGGAUUGUGUUGAUAUUAUGGUGUUGAAGAAUAGUGUAAUUUGCAGCAAAAAAGCUUCUGUUUCAUUUGAAGAUAGCUGCUCUGGUAUUGUGGAUGAAGAUGAUUACCUCACUGAGGCAUUUAGGACUGAAGUUCAAAAGGCAGAAAUUUCGUGGCGGUUCCCCGAGUUUCGAGACAAGCUCAGAAAGUAUGCUAUUGAAGUUGGGUUCAGCUUUGUAUUUAUUAGAAAUGACUGGGACAGAAUUCAUGCAGUUUGUUCUAAUUGGGGAACCGAAGGAUGUCAGUGGAAUGUCCGUGGUUAUGUUUUGCCUGCAAAUGGUUGCUUUAUUAUUGGUGAGUUGGACAAUGUCCACUCUUGCAAAGGUGUUCUUCGAAAACAAAAACAUGAGCUUUUGGGAUCGAAAAUUGUCAAGUCAUGUAUUGAAGAGGACAUUAGCUAUAACUUGUCAUUGAAGCCAAGGGAAAUUAUCAGCAAGUUCAAGUCAGCUUAUGGGUUUGAUAUAUCAUACAAGGUUGCUUGGAAAGCAAAGCAGAAGGCUAGGGAAAUGAUUUAUGGUUCUGAGGCUGAUUCGUUUAACAUGUUAACAUGGUAUAGGGAAGCUGUAUUUGAGACGAACCCGGGAUCUUCUUUUGUUUUGGAAGUUGAUUCAUCGAGUAAUCGGUUCCAGAGGCUUUUCCUAGCUUAUGCGGGCUGUGUUCGUGGCUUUGAAUUCUGUCUUCCCAUCUUGUAUGUCGAUGGGACUUUUGGGAAGAGUGUCUACAAGGGGCAGAUACUUUGUGCAACCGGAAAGAAUGGAAAUCAUGGUUUCUUUCCUCUUGCAAUGUGUGUCUGUGAUUCUGAGACUGAUGCUAAUUGGUCCUUUUUCUUCCAACACUUGAAGAACUUGCUGGAACCUCAAGGUAGAAAGAUCACUUUUAUUAGUGAUCGCGGUGUUGGACUGUUGAGUGCUUUCGACAAGAUAUUUCCUGGUAAUCCUCAUCUUUUCUGUUACAAGCACUUGGCACAUAACCUUAUGACUAAAUACAACGGCAAAGGCUCUUCUGUUUUGAAAGAUGAUGUUAAAAAGAAGUUUUUUGAGUUGGCAUAUUCAUGCACUGAAAAGGAAUAUCGUUUUCAUUUGAGAGAGUUGAGAGAAGCUGGUGGUGCUGAUAUUAUAGAUCCGUUUCUUGCUGAUCUGCCUGUUCAAAAUUGGUGCCGUGCAUUUUUCCCUGGAUGCCGUUAUGGAAUUAUGGCUAAUAGUAUAGCUGAAUCUUUUAAUGCUUGGUUUGCUGUUGAACGGGAGAUGCCAGUGUACACUAUGCUUGAUCAGACUCGGAUUAGGGUGAUGCAGAUGAUGGGUGAGAGGAGAGACGAGGCACAGCUUUGGACCUCGCAACUUACUCCUGUUAUGGAGGGUCGUUUGAAAGAAGGUAUGGAGAAAGCUUGCCGUUUCAAUGUGCAUUACUCCCAUACAAAUGUUUAUGAGGUUAGAUCAAAGUAUUCUUAUGUUGUGGACCUUGGAACUCCUUCGUGCACAUGUAAAAAAUGGGAGAUUAACUGCUUCCCUUGCUGCCACGGUCUUGCUGCAAUUCAAGCUGCGUCAUUGGAUGUUUAUGCUUUUAUGGAUAAGUAUUUUUAUGUUGAUUAUUACAAGAAGUGUUAUGAUUUUCCAAUUUAUCCAAUAUCUAAUGUUGAUAUGGCUUCUUCUGAAACUGCAAGUAAUGACUACAUACUUCCUCCAAAUGCAAAAAGGCCUCCCGGGAGACCUAGGCUCAAGAGGUUCAAGUCUAGAGGAGAGUGUGAAAAGAAGCUCAUUCGUUGCGGCCGAUGUGGCAAAAUGGGACAGCAUAACAAGAAGACCUGCACUGAACCUAUUUGAAUUUGAAUGUAAAGCUGUCAAUUGUUUUAGCAUUAAUUCUGACUGGCUGUAUUGGGGGGCAGUAACAGGCUAUUGGGGGGCAAUAGAUGAUUUUAUCCAGGGUCAGUUUAACAUUCUUUGGUGUCAAAGAUUAUUGACAUUGAUUGGUACUUCAGUUUUGUUGCUGACUGAUAAAUUGAUUCAUUUU